CACGCCAGUCCCCUCCUCGCCGCCGACGCGACGCGCGCCUGCGCACUGCUUCCCCAUGUGUGCUCGGUCCGUCAGCCGGCCCGGCUGAGCAGUGGCACUAAGUCCGCUUGCUGGUGAGGCCGUGUCACCGGCUCGGCAGCCUUCUCCGCCUCCUGCUGCCUUCCUCUCUCGGCCUGUCCCCACAGCGCACGUCGCCAUGGGCAAGAGCCGGACGAAGCGCUUCAAGCGCCCUCAGUUCUCCCCUACGGGCGACUGUCAGGUCGAGGCUGCUGCGGCGGCGAACGGGACAGGAGGCGAGGAGGACGACGGGCCGGCGGCGGAGCUGCUAGAGAAGCUCCAGCACCCGAGCGCCGAAGUCCGCGAGUGCGCCUGCGCGGGGCUGGCCCGGCUGGUGCAGCAGAGGCCGGCGCUCCCGGGCCUGGCGCGCCGCGACGCAGUGCGCCGACUCGGGCCGCUGCUGCUUGACCCCAGCCUGGCUGUCCGGGAGACGGCGGCCGGCGCGCUCAGAAAUCUGAGUGCUUGUGGAGGUUUUGAAGUUUGUGAUGACAUGGUGACUAAGGAUAUCAUGACUCCCCUGGUUGCACUGCUAAAAGAGUGUAGUGCUGGACUGGAUUCAAAUGAGACGUCUCCAAAGGAGAAAAAAGAUCAGAACAGAAACUCUAUUGAGAACAUAGCCAAUGAGGCUGUCAACGUAUUGUGGAAUAUAUGAUCUCAUCUCUCCAGUCAUUGCUACUGACAAAAAUAAGAGUGAAUGCAGUAGUAGAGCAGUAUCUAUAUUCAACAAAGAAGGGUGUUUGGAGAUUGUAUUAAAGUAUUUAAGUAGGUUUUCCACCAAUGUUGACCUGGCUAUUUCAGUAGCAUAUUGUUUGCAGAUAGUGACUGAAGAUAACCCAGAGCUACUGAAAUCUUUCAGUGCAGAAGCAUUGCAUGUGCUGGAAUCAGCAAUGCUGUCUCCUGUCAAGUCCCUGGAAUACUGUCUGUUGAAAACAUUAGUGGCAGGCACAAUUUGGAAUCUAAAGGACAUUAUUCCAUGCAAGAGUCAAGCAGAAAUCAUAAAUGCCAUACUAAAGAUCUUAUCUGAAGUUUUGGAAAUGGAUGCUGGUGAAACAGUUAUUCAAAUGAAGGAGGCUGAAACUCAAAGGUUAAAAACCCUAGCAGAGACUGAGGAAAUACUAGAGAAUGCUAAUGGUGGUGAUUUGAUUGAAGAUGAUGAAAUGGAAGAAAUUCUUCAUAAGAGAAAAGUCAGAAGGAAAACUUUUGCUUCAGAUUUACUGCCACCUACUGACAAGGAACUGAGAGAGACCAUAGCAUUGCUGACAGCUCAGCAGAUUGCUCUGGAAAUUAUUGUCAACAUGUGCUGCAGUGAAGAUCCCUCCGAUGAUGAAUGGGAAGAGCUUUCUAGCAGUGAUGAGAGUGAUACAUUUAUGGAGAAUUCCUUCAAUGAGUGUGGUGGGCAGCUGCUCUCGCCCCUCUGCCUCUCCCAUGAGAUUCACACUGCUCUCACCAACUACCUCAUCCCAAAGAAGAUUUUUGAGAAAACUGCCUUUCCAAACAGCAUUGCAGUUGACCUAUGUUCUAGAAACCCUACUUGGAAAACUUUGAUUAGAAAAAUGAACACCGUACAAUGUAGAGCCCUCAUGUGUCUCCAGACUCUUGUGUCCCUCCUGGAGGUGGACCAUCUGGGAGGAGCCCCAGCCCUACAGACACUCGCACAGCAUCUGUCACAACUUCUUUUUUCUCAACCAGAUUUUGCUAAACAUGCUGACUUUCUAGAAGCCAUAAGUAGUGCUUUGAGGGCCCUUUUGCAAACAAUGGCCUCCAAGAACAUUUCUCAGUGCCUGACUCCUGAUCAGCUGAUGACAUUAUGCAAAGCAAGCAUUCAUAGUAGUAAUGUUGGGGUUCGAGUCAACGUUGUUAGCAUUUUAGGGAUCACUGGCAGCAUCCUAGCCAAAGAAGAUGGUACACUUGAAACUCUUAAGGCCAUUGGGUGCUUUCUGCUUGAGGUUGCCACCAAAGAUCCUUCCCUUGUAGUAGCAGGAGAAGCUCUGGACGCCCUCUUUGAUGUUUUUGCAGAUGGUAAAGAAGCUGAAAGAGCUUCAAUUCAAAUUAAAUUAUUAUCUACUCUGAAAGAAUUCCAGCCAGUCUUCAAAAUGAAGAUACGUAAAGAAGGGCGAGGUAAAUACAGUACAGAUCAGCUGUGUGUUCUCGACAAUGUGAAGAUGAAUUUGAGAAGGUUUGUUGCUUAUCAAGAAACUGUGGAGAAAAGACUGACUUCUUGAACCAUCAAAAGAGAAAUUAAUUUUUUCCCAAAGUAUAUGAUGCUAAGAAUACUAAAGGAUUUUCUUGGACUGUAUGCAUAUCUGAAAGUUAUUUUUAAAUGCUUAUAUUCUGUACAUUAAUUUGAAGUUCAUAAAAAACUUUGUGGCCUCUUUAGUGCUCUCUACAUCGUGUGCCCAGCACAUUUAACCACUGGAAGCACGAAGGGUGGAAAUGCAAAGGAAUCUCAGGUGGUUCUUAACUAAUUCCAGAGCAGCAAAGCAACUUCAAACAAUCAUGUUUUUCUUGAAUUUUGCCAAAAAAUAAAAGAAAAUCCAAAGCAUUGCUUGGAUGUUCUUUUAAGGUAAUAUUUUAUAUCAGCUGAAUGUUUAACUGAAAUAUGAAGAUAAGCUUUAUAAAAUAAUUUUUUGGUAUGAAGUAUACCAAUUAUGUUUACCUUUUGUGAAUGAGUAGAAUUUGGAUUUCACUACUUAGUAGAUUAUACUAAUGAGGUAAUUGCCAUCCUUUAUACAGGUAGCACAAUCACUUAUUGUAUCAUUCCUUGAUUUAAUUUGAUACGGACUCAGAAUUAGGAGAAAAUAUUUUUGAAUAAAUAACUUUCUAAUUUAAA